CCCGGGCAUUCUUUUCAACUUUCCCAGUCAUCUUUUUGUUUUCACUCCACAGAACAAGUCAAUCCCGUCGACCCCACGGAGCAAGUGAAAGUUAACCUUGCACCUUGCACGUCCCCAUUGCAAUCCCCGUUGCAAUCGACGUUUCUCAACAUUGUGCAUUGUUGCGCAUCAUUCAUAUUCUAUCAAUUCCCCGUUUUUGAUUUCCCAUCAACUUUCCGAUCAAUUUUCUACACGCCAUACACUCGUCGCUGACGACGCGACAGUGUUUCUACCUUUUUAUUUCCGCCUUUCAAUACCCUUUUACAUCUACUACGUUCGUUUACCACGUUCGUUUAGUUGCUCAUCAGCCUCGUCCACAACUCAGGUUUAUCCUGUCCUGAUUUGCCUGUUGACUUACUUGCCUGCUGCCACACGCGCAUCAGCUAAUAUCAAAAAUGGGUCUACCAUUAUGGGUUGAGCCUGACGAGUCUGGCUCUCGCGCAAAAACAGCACCGAAAUCCUCUGCUGAUCCCGCAACUGGCCGAUCUCCAAUUCGCCGUUCAACUUCACCGCGUCGUGCCGCUAGGGCCAGAACCGAUGACCGCAUUGCCCGACGCAAUCGAGCACGUGAAUAUCGAGCUCAGCGUCUUGGCAUACUCAUGUCGCAGCAAGACAAUAGUGCCGAAGACGAAUUGAACCUCCACUUCAGUGGCCCAGUUGCUAUUCCUGAGAGUGUCUCUAACCCCUUUCGCGUUGUCGCCGCACCACAGGAACUACGCGCCCCGGAUUCUGAGAUUCCUACCAACGUAGCUAAUUUCUUGCGCUCUAGCCGCUCUGGUCGCCUUGUCUAUGCUCCUCAUCUUACUCGGGGAGGUGAUGCUUCUCAAGAAGAAGAUGAUGAUAACGAUGAACUCCCUGUUCUUGAGGAAGAUGAUGCCCCUAAUUCUAGUCGAUUCGGAAAUACUCAAUCUACUCGAAACCUUCGCUCUAACGGAGGUGAUAAUGAUACAUCUCCAACCGAUUCUGAUGACUGGCGGCAUUCUCCACGCAGGGAAUAUCGCUUUCGAACCCGUUCUCGACGAAUCUCGCCCACAACGAGAUUACGUCAGGUUAUAGAUCACUAUGGACAUCUCAGAGAAGAACAUAGAGAGAUUGAAUCGACUCGGGACCGCGCACCCGCUAAUCUUGCUAAUGUUCUUGAUCCACCUGGUUCGAGCAUGGAUCAACACAUUCAUACAGCAUUGCAAGAGAUGAGCGACCGUAGACGCCGAUCUGGUGCUGAUCGACGUCGAGCACACCGGGUUAGGUAUGUUGAUGGAUUGGGUGAUCGAGACCGCAGUCUAAGCCCGGAAGGGGAUGGGGUUUGGUCUGUCCUACAGUCGACUUUGACCGUCGACCCUCACCCACCUAGUGUUGGUUCCUCGUUUGCCUCUACUACGGCUUCGACUAUAGCGUCUCUAAAUCCUACUGUUCCUUCAUCUCGAACCUCCAUUACCAGUCCGACCGAGGAGAUCGAACCCCCUUGCGACCCUGUCGGCGAGCCAGAAACCACUACCGAAGGUAGUGGUUCUGAUGUCCAAGGUACGGACCGUUCUAGGCAACCGACACCUCAUGGGAGGCGAUCAUAUGCAGCAGUUGCUGCUGACACAAUCUCCGGUAUAGGAAUUUCAUCUGACGAUCCCGAAUGGCUUUCGGGUAUGCAUCGCAUUGUCAGCGGGCUUGCAUCUAGACAGGAUAUUCCAGAUGAAUGGUGGGAACAGGCUGGCCUCAGUCGUUCGAUGUCGUUAGGAUGGCCCCUUUAAAAUUUGAAAAGGACAAAGGGAUGGUUAGGAGUUUUCCAGAACGAUGCGCGGUCCCGGUUAGCGAAAGAAUGAGAAACUAGGGGUUUUAGGGGUUUGCAUUGUGUUGUCAUUUUUGACCUGGACUUUUGGCGUUGCAGGAAAAAAAAAGGAUAUGCGUUAUGGCGCGAGGAUAUCGAUGGACUCUACUCGAGCCGGGCCAGCCUGAAGUUAUAUGAUUGGCGUUGUAUUAUACUUGUAUGAAGGUGUUAUAUGUCCAUUGAGACCAAGGAAGGCAAGGGGAACGAAGGAGUUAUAACUAGGUUGUAACCAAGCUUGUCACAAUAUGGGAGUAAGGGUUCCAUUGUGGCAGCUUAUACGUAGCCCAUGAACUAUGAGAGUGAUUCUAUCGUUCACUACAUUGUACGCAUGACUGGAGAAUUUGAUGUUUUUCCGGAAGCUAUACAGUUUAUAUACGGCUUAUGUUAGGUACCUCCU